AUGCAUGCUGGGAAGUGUACUCCUAGUUACUACCACGGCCCCAAUCCCGGGCCUGGAGCAGCUGCUGGUCCCAGGUGCAGGUUCUCCCGAUGCCACCUCAGCCUCGCUGACCCCCGGGCGUCCCUGGAGCGGGAGGUUCGGGAGCGACCCCAGGCGACUGGCCCCAGGGCACCCCGACGUCCCGUUCCACACCCGGCUCCUCCGGGGGCGGCUCCCUGCCCCCGCGUCUUCCAGGCCCCGGGGGAAAGGGGGGCGCUGAAAAGCCCGGGUCUGGCGGAGAUGCGGGGAAACCGACCCGGGGCCUUCGCCACCCACCUCUUCUCCCGGGCUGUAGCCGGCGAGGCCCUGUGGGUGGUCGUCCCCCCCGACAGCCCGGGGUGGGGGGUGGAGGCCGGGGGACUGGGAGCCGAGGCUGGCAGCCCCCCACCCACCCCCCGCCGGCGCUUGCCCCCCGCCAAGCACAAGACUCAGGGCAGCCCCACGGUGCCGCGCUCCCCCCGGGCUCUCUUCUGCCUCCGGCUCAACCACCCUCUGCGCCGGGCCGCCAUCAGCAUCGUCGAGCCCUUCGACAUCCUCAUCCUCAUGACCAUCUUCGCCAACUGCGUGGCCCUGGGGGUCUACAUCCCCUUCCCCGAGGACGACUCCAACACCGCCAACCACGACCUGGAGCAAGUGGAGUACGUCUUCCUCAUCAUCUUCACGGUGGAGACGUUCCUGAAGAUCAUCGCGUACGGGCUGGUUCUGCACCCCAGUGCCUAUAUCCGCAACGGCUGGAAUCUGCUGGACUUCGUCAUCGUGGUGGUGGGGUUGUUCAGCGUGGUCUUGGAGCAAGUGUCCCACAAGCCCGGGGAUGCCCAUCACAUGAGCGGAAAACCGGGGGGCUUUGACGUCAAAGCCCUGAGGGCCUUCCGCGUGCUCCGCCCCCUGCGCCUCGUCUCCGGCGUCCCCAGUUUGCACAUUGUGCUCAACUCCAUCAUGAAGGCCAUGGUGCCGCUGCUGCACAUCGCACUGCUUGUCCUCUUCGUCAUCAUCAUCUACGCCAUCAUCGGCCUGGAGCUCUUCAUCGGCCGCAUGCACAAGACCUGCUUCAUCGUUGGCUCAGACCUGGAGGCCGAGGAGGACCCCUCGCCCUGCGCCUUUUCGGGGCACGGCCGGGGGUGUCCCCUCAACAACACCGAGUGCCGGGGCCGCUGGGAGGGGCCCAACGGCGGGAUCACCAACUUCGACAACUUCUUCUUCGCCAUGCUCACCGUCUUCCAGUGCAUCACCAUGGAGGGCUGGACCGACGUGCUCUACUGGAUGCAGGAUGCUAUGGGGCACGAGCUGCCCUGGAUUUACUUCGUCAGCCUGGUCAUCUUUGGCUCCUUCUUUGUCCUCAACCUUGUGCUGGGGGUGCUGAGUGGGGAGUUCUCCAAAGAGCGGGAGAAGGCCAAAGCGCGGGGUGACUUCCAGAAGCUGCGGGAGAAGCAGCAGAUGGAGGAGGAUCUCAGGGGCUACCUGGACUGGAUCACACAAGCUGAGGACAUCGACCCCGAUGAUGAGGAGGGGGACCCAGAGGACAAGCACACCCGUGUGACUAUGGAAGACCUGACGGAGAAGAAGAAAGGCCGACUCCAAUGGCUUCGUCACUCAAGCCAUUCCACCGACACCCACAUGAGUCUCCCCGCGAGUGAAACGACUUCCGUCAACACCGAGAACGUGGGCGAAGAGGAACAUCACACCGCCUGCUGCAACGUGUAUCUAGGCAAAAUCUCGAAGACAAAAUUCUGCCGCCGGUGCAGGCGUAUGAACCGGCUGCUGCGGAAGAGGUGCCGCCGGGCCGUGAAAUCUGUCUCCUUCUACUGGAUGGUCCUGAUCCUCGUCUUCCUCAACACGCUGACCAUCGCCUCCGAACACUACAACCAGCCCGACUGGCUGACCCAGAUCCAGGCCUACGCCAACAAGGGGCUGCUCUCACUCUUCACGCUGGAGAUGCUGCUGAAGCUGUACAGCCUGGGCCUGCAGGCCUAUUUCGUCAGCUUCUUCAACCGCUUCGACUGCUUCGUGGUGUGCGGGGGCAUCCUGGAGACCCUGCUGGUGGAGCUGCAGGUCAUGGAGCCGCUCGGCAUCUCCGUGCUCCGCUGCGUCCGUUUGCUACGCAUCUUCAAAGUCACCAGGCACUGGGCGUCCCUGAGUAACCUGGUGGCCUCACUGCUGAACUCCAUGAAAUCCAUCGCGUCCCUUCUGUUGCUGCUCUUCCUCUUCAUCAUCAUCUUCGCCCUGCUGGGCAUGCAGCUCUUCGGGGGCAAGUUUAACUUCGACGAGACCCAGACCAAGCGCAGCACGUUCGACACCUUCCCCCAGGCCCUGCUCACUGUGUUCCAGAUCCUGACGGGCGAGGACUGGAAUGCGGUGAUGUACGACGGGAUCAUGGCCUACGGGGGUCCCUACUUCCCCGGCAUGCUAGUCUGUGUCUACUUCAUCAUCCUCUUCAUUUGCGGCAACUAUAUCCUGCUGAACGUCUUCCUGGCCAUUGCUGUGGACAAUUUGGCCGAUGGGGACAACAUCAACUCAUCAAAGGAGGAGAGCAAAAAGGGGAAGGCGGUGGAUGAAGCUCAGGGCAGUGGCAGCCAGGAUGGCAGUGUGAAGGUGCUGUGCAGGGAGGAAGAAGAGGAGGAUGAAGAAGGGAGCGAAGAAGGAGGGGAGGAGGGUGAGGAGGGCGACCAGGAGAGCUUGGCCGAGUCCCACCUGGACAAGCUGGAGGAGGCGCCGACGGAGAAAGUCCUGCCCAUCCCGGCCGGCAGCACCUUCUUCCUCCUGAGCAGCACCAACCCGCUCCGGGUGAGGUGUCACGCCGUGAUCCAUCACCACAUCUUCACCAACCUCAUCCUCGUUUUCAUCAUCCUUAGCAGCAUUUCGUUGGCCGCCGAGGACCCUAUCCGGGCCCACUCCUUCCGCAACAUCAUUCUGGGGUACUUCGACUAUGCCUUCACCUCCAUCUUCACCGUGGAGAUCCUGCUCAAGAUGACAGCCUAUGGGGCCUUCCUCCACAAAGGGUCCUUCUGCAGGAACUGGUUCAACCUGCUGGAUCUGCUGGUUGUGAGCGUCUCCCUCAUCUCCUUCGGGAUCCACUCCAGCGCCAUCUCCGUGGUGAAGAUUUUGCGGGUGCUGCGGGUGCUGCGGCCUCUCCGAGCCAUCAACCGGGCCAAGGGGCUGAAGCACGUGGUCCAGUGCGUCUUCGUGGCCAUUCGCACCAUUGGCAACAUCAUGAUCGUCACCACGCUGCUGCAGUUCAUGUUCGCCUGCAUCGGGGUGCAGCUCUUCAAGGGCAAGUUCUACAGCUGCACGGACGAGGCCAAGCACACACCGGAGGAAUGCAAGGGCACGUUCAUUGUGUACAAGGAUGGGGAUGUGGGGCACCCCAUGGUGCGCGAGCGAGUCUGGCACAACAGCGACUUCAACUUCGACAACGUCCUGUCCGGCAUGAUGGCCCUGUUCACCGUCUCCACCUUCGAGGGGUGGCCCAGCCUGCUGUACAAGGCGAUCGACGCCAACGGGGAGAACCGGGGCCCCAUCUACAACUACCGGGUGGAGAUCUCGGUCUUCUUCAUCGUCUACAUCAUCAUCAUCGCCUUCUUCAUGAUGAACAUCUUCGUGGGCUUCGUCAUCAUCACCUUCCGCGCCCAGGGGGAGCAGGAGUACCGCAACUGCGAGCUGGACAAGAACCAGCGGCAGUGUGUGGAGUACGCGCUGAAGGCCCAGCCCCUGCGGCGCUACAUCCCCAAGAACCGGCACCAGCACCGGGUGUGGGCGGCCGUGAACUGCUCGGCCUUCGAGUACGGCAUGUUCCUGCUCAUCCUGCUCAACACCAUCGCCCUGGCCGUGCAGCACUACGAGCAGUCGCAGCCCUUCAACUACGUCAUGGACCUGCUCAACAUGGUCUUCACCGGCCUCUUCACCGUGGAGAUGGUGCUGAAGAUCAUCGCCUUCAAACCCCGGCACUAUUUCUGUGACGCCUGGAACACCUUCGACGCGCUGAUCGUGGUGGGCAGCGUGGUGGACAUCGCCGUCACCGAGGUCAAUAACGGCGGCCACGUCGGCGAGAGCUCGGAGGACAGCUCCCGCAUCUCCAUCACCUUCUUCCGCCUCUUCCGAGUCAUGCGGCUGGUCAAGCUGCUCAGCAAAGGUGAAGGGAUUCGCACCCUGCUCUGGACCUUCAUCAAGUCCUUCCAGGCCCUGCCCUACGUCGCCCUGCUGAUCGCCAUGAUCUUCUUCAUCUACGCCGUCAUCGGCAUGCAGACCUUCGGCAAAGUGGCGAUGCAGGACGGGACGCAGAUCAACCGCAACAACAACUUCCAGACGUUCCCCCAGGCUGUGCUGCUGCUCUUCAGGUGCGCCACGGGGGAGGCCUGGCAGGAGAUCAUGCUGGCCAGCCUGCCCGGGAAACGCUGCGACCCCGAGUCGGACGUGGGGCCCGGUGAGGAAUUCACCUGCGGGAGCCACUUCGCCAUCGUCUACUUCAUCAGCUUCUUCAUGCUCUGUGCCUUCCUGAUCAUUAACCUCUUUGUGGCCGUGAUCAUGGACAAUUUCGACUACCUGACCCGGGACUGGUCCAUCCUGGGCCCCCACCACCUGGACGAGUUCAAACGCAUCUGGUCUGAGUACGACCCCACCGCCAAGGGCCGCAUUAAACACUUGGACGUCGUGACCCUGCUACGCCGGAUCCAGCCGCCCCUCGGCUUUGGGAAGCUCUGCCCGCACCGCGUGGCCUGUAAGAGGCUGGUGGCCAUGAACAUGCCCCUCAAUGCUGACGGCACUGUCACCUUUAACGCCACCCUCUUCGCCCUGGUCCGCACCUCGCUCAAGAUCAAGACUGAAGGCAACUUGGACCAAGCCAACAAAGAGCUUCGCGCCGUUAUCAAGAAGAUCUGGAAGAGAACGAAACCCAAACUCCUGGACGAGGUGAUACCCCCGCCAGAAGAGGAGGAAGUCACGGUGGGGAAGUUUUACGCCACGUUCCUGAUCCAGGAUUAUUUCCGGAAGUUCCGGAAGCGGAAGGAAAAGGGGCUUCUGGGACCGGACGCCUCCCCCAGCAACUCCACGGCCCUGCAGGCCGGGCUGCAGACCCUCCAGGACCUGGGCCCCGAGAUGCGCCGGGCGCUGUCCUGUGACCUGGAGGACGGGGAGGAGGCAGCAGGGGAGACCCUGUGUGAGGAGGAGCAGCUGACGUGCCAGACCCCAGAAGGAUUGCUCGGCAGCAGUCCCGACCACUGCCCCACGGCGCCCGUCUCCGCCCCGGCCGAGCGGGGUGGGGAGCCCCUGGCCAACGGGCUACUGGGGUCCUGGCGCCCUUCCUCUGCCAGUCUGGUCAGGAUCCCCAACGGCCCCCACAGCUACAAGGAGAACAACGGGAGGCAGGAGGAGUUGCCCGAGCUGCCCUACAUCCCCAGCAGGCGCUGCAUGAGCAGGCGGAGCUCCGACGGGAGCUGCAUCCCCCCGACGGUGCAUGAAGAGCCCCCCCCAGCCGAGGAGUACAGUGAGGAGACAGCGGGGGAGCAAGGCUACAAUAGCCGGGAGGAGGACUCAGAGAGCCUGGCCUCUCAGGACAGGCAGCCAUGUCUGGGGGGCGCCCGGCUCUACCGGCACCGCUGGGACGAUGGCCAUGGGGGGUCCCUGCCAUUGCCCCACCGACGCCUCUCCAACGCCCACCCGGAUGGGGGGCCGGGGGGCCGCCUGGCCAAGCGCCGACGCCUCCUGCCCCCCACGCCCGCAGGCCGGAAGCCGCCCUUCCUCAUGCAGUGUUUGCAGCGGCAGGGCAGCUGUGAGGACAUGCCCAUCCCGGGCACUUACCACCAGAAUGCUCCAGCCCGGCGCCACCCCCCCCAGGGCUAUGGCAGCGCUGCCUCCUGGCACAGCCCCAGCCGCCCGCCAGGGGACUCCUCGCAGGCCUGGGCCGUGCCCCCCAAGCGGGGCCGGCUGCUCUACGCCCCCCUGCUGCUGGUGGAGGAGGGGGGGCUGACGGUCAGGGGCUGGGGGGAGAAGAGCAGCAGCCGCAGCCUCCCGCCCGCCUCCCGCACCCGCUGGGGGGCCCACGAGCCAGACCUGCCCUGGCCCUCCUACGCCCAUCUCCAUGUGCCCAGUCCCAACUACCACGACCAGCGGGGCAGCGCUGACAGCCUGGUGGAAGCCGUGCUGAUCUCAGAGGGCCUGGGGCUCUAUGCCCGGGACCCCAAGUUCGUGGCCUUCGCCAAGCGGGAGAUCGCCGACGCCUGUCACAUGACCAUCGCUGAGAUGGAGAGCGCCGCCUCCCACCUGCUGAGCCACGGGCGGGGGCCUGGGGCCCACGGGGGCCCCCUGGGCAGCGAGGGGGAAGGGGGCGGGGGAGCGGGGGGGGCCCUGUACAGCGACGAGGAGCCGUUCCGCUCACGGGCCGAGGACGAGCUGGCCGACGAGAUGGUCUGUGUGGCCUCGUAUUGACCAGGGCAGCGGGGGUGCGAGGACCCCCCCGGAGAAGACCCCCAGUGGGGGAGGGGUUCAUGGACCCUAGAAUUACGGCUGGACCCGCCCCCAAGGACAGGGAGCUGUGGGAGAGGGGACCUCCCCGCUGGGGAUGCAGCCUGGAGGAAUGGGGGGGCAGGAGAAGACACAGCAGAGGAGGGGGCUUCACCCCCCGAAGGCUGCCCCCCCCAUUGGCUGAGGCGGGAUCCUGCCCUGGGGUGGCUCUUCCAGCAGCCCCCCCCUUUGCUGAAGCCAGGCCCCCACCCAAUGGGGAGCCCCCCCACAGGGUCUGGGGUAGGA